CAGUCUGUGAUAAUCAACCUCUCCACUAGCUCUGGACCCAGAAAAGUGAAAUGGCUAGGCUUAAGUGACGCGUGGGGUGUUCAACUGGACGACUGGUUGCCUCUUGGAUUGAAAAUUAAGAAUGACGUUUUAGUGGGUCCAAAUUCAGGAGUCCUGAAGCCGUUCUCUAACCCAACACGCUCUUAUCUGAGUGAGGGGCUUAGUACAUGGGAACAUGUCUUGACAUCUUAGUCCAUCGUUCUUAUGCUAGCAUAGCUUCACCCUUUUCCCUCCAUUGCCACUGACCUUUUCUCACCGCAUCUCCCCUUCACCCACUUGGUGAGCCCAGAAUUAAAACUGAUAACAAAGUAACAAGUGUAAUCACAGCUCCUCCUUUCUUUUUCCUUUUACUAAGCCAAAAUUUCAACAAGCUUAAUGCUUCCUUUUAGGGCAAAGUUACCUAAUUCAAUUGUUUUCAGACUAUAGGUGGAAAGGAAAAGAGCAAAAGUGGAGUGCACUUUAAACGGAUAGCGCAUUCUUCAUCUUAUGAAAAAAAUUAUUAAAUGCAAGUUAGUUCCCUUUCCAUGAAAAUGGCCUGUUUUAUAAUUUUUACUGGUUAUUCUACGGAGUCUGUCUCCACCCAGCUCAGUAUGUAUUAUAAUGUAAAAGCAGGAACAGGAACAAGCACAGAAAAAUACAUUUUAUUAAUCAUCUGUCAUUUUUGAGGAUUUACAGUAGCCACUGAGUAACCUCACAUUUGUAUGCCUUUUAUACUUUUUGAAGGUCUUCCAUAAUUUGCCUUUUAAUGUAUAUAUACAUGUCAGGAUUUAGACUGUGUUUGGAUAUCCUUUUGAGUAAAUUAGGCUGUACAUUUCUGAGAUUUUUAAAAAAUUGUAAUUAUAAUAAUCUAAAAUGUAGAUGGAAAAUAAUUCAGGCAUUACAUAUUACACCAAGAAGGUUAUUUCUGUUUCAGUUUUAAGUACUAUUUGAGAUUUGAGAUUUAAUCUUUUUGGCCACAUAUGCUCCAUUUUAAUAAUGAUCAACAACAGCCUUGUAUCUUAUCUCAUUAUCCUGGUGAGCAGGAUUGGAUGGUGAGAAAAGGAAAGACUCCUGUGAGAAGAGAGCAAGAUGAGCAGAGGGAUCUAUGCUUGAAGUUGAGUCACUUGAAAAAGAUCUCUUUGAAUGUGGAAGAGAUCUGAGCAGAUGAAAAUACAAUCAGGAAAAUGCAACAUGGCAGCAGCAAUGGAAACAGAACAGCUGGGUGUUGAGAUCUUUGAAACUGCAGAGUGUGAGGAGAAUAUUGAAUCACAGGAUCGUCCUAAAUUGGAGCCAUUUUAUGUUGAGCGAUAUUCCUGGAGUCAGCUUAAAAAGCUGCUUGCUGAUACCAGAAAAUAUCAUGGCUAUAUGAUGGCUAAGGCACCACAUGAUUUUAUGUUUGUGAAGAGGAAUGAUCCAGAUGGGCCUCAUUCAGACAGGAUCUAUUACCUUGCUAUGUCUGGUGAGAACAGAGAAAAUACACUGUUUUAUUCUGAAAUUCCCAAAACCAUCAACAGAGCAGCAGUCUUAAUGCUCUCUUGGAAGCCUCUUUUGGAUCUUUUUCAGGCAACACUGGACUAUGGAAUGUAUUCUCGAGAAGAAGAACUAUUAAGAGAAAGAAAACGCAUUGGAACCGUUGGAAUUGCUUCUUAUGAUUAUCACCAAGGAAGUGGAACAUUUCUCUUUCAAGCUGGUAGUGGAAUUUAUCAUGUAAAAGAUGGAGGGCCACAAGGAUUUACUCAACAACCCUUACGGCCAAAUUUAGUAGAGACUAGUUGUCCCAACAUUCGUAUGGAUCCUAAAUUAUGCCCGGCUGAUCCAGACUGGAUUGCUUUUAUACACAGCAAUGAUAUUUGGAUAUCCAACAUUGUAACCAGAGAAGAAAGAAGGCUCACCUAUGUGCACAAUGAGCUAGCCAACAUGGAAGAAGAUCCCAGAUCUGCUGGAGUUGCUACCUUUGUUCUUCAAGAAGAAUUUGAUAGAUACUCUGGCUACUGGUGGUGUCCAGAGGCUGAAACAACUCCCAGUGGCAGCAAAAUUCUUAGAAUUUUGUAUGAAGAAAAUGAUGAAUCUGAGGUGGAAAUUAUUCAUGUUACAUCCCCUAUGUUGGAAACAAGGAGGGCAGAUUCAUUCCGUUAUCCUAAAACAGGCACAGCAAAUCCAAAAGUCACCUUUAAGAUGUCAGAAAUAAUGAUUGAUGCUGAAGGAAGGAUUAUCGAUGUCAUAGAUAAGGAACUGAUUCAACCUUUUGAGAUUCUGUUUGAAGGAGUUGAAUAUAUUGCCAGAGCUGGAUGGACUCCAGAGGGAAAAUAUGCUUGGUCCAUUCUACUAGAUCGCUCCCAAACUCGCCUACAGAUAGUGUUGAUCUCACCUGAAUUAUUUAUCCCAGUAGAAGAUGAUGCCAUGGAAAGACAGAGACUCAUCGAGUCGGUGCCUGACUCUGUGACGCCACUGAUUAUCUAUGAAGAAACAACAGACAUCUGGAUAAAUAUCCAUGACAUCUUUCAUGUUUUUCCCCAAAGUCAUGAAGAUGAAAUUGAAUUUAUUUUUGCCUCUGAAUGCAAAACAGGUUUUCGUCAUUUAUACAAAAUUACAUCCAUUUUAAAGGAGAGCAAAUAUAAACGAUCCAGUGGUGGGCUGCCUGCCCCAAGUGAUUUCAAGUGUCCUGUCAAAGAGGAAAUAGCAAUUACCAGUGGUGAAUGGGAAGUUCUUGGCCGGCAUGGAUCUAAUAUCCAGGUUGAUGAAGUCAGGAAACUGGUGUAUUUUGAAGGCACCAAGGACUCUCCUUUAGAACAUCACCUGUAUGUGGUCAGUUAUGUAAAUCCUGGAGAGGUGACAAGGCUGACUGACCGUGGCUAUUCCCACUCUUGCUGCAUCAGCCAGCAUUGUGACUUCUUUAUAAGUAAGUAUAGUAACCAGAAGAAUCCACACUGUGUGUCCCUUUACAAGCUAUCAAGUCCUGAAGAUGACCCAACUUGCAAAACAAAGGAAUUUUGGGCCACCAUUUUGGAUUCAGCAGGUCCUCUGCCUGACUAUACCCCUCCAGAAAUUUUUUCUUUUGAAAGUACUACUGGAUUUACAUUGUAUGGGAUGCUGUACAAACCUCAUGAUCUACAACCUGGAAAGAAGUACCCCACUGUGCUGUUCAUAUAUGGUGGUCCUCAGGUGCAGUUGGUGAAUAAUCGAUUUAAAGGAGUCAAGUAUUUCCGCUUGAAUACCCUAGCCUCUCUGGGUUAUGUGGUUGUAGUGAUAGACAACAGGGGAUCCUGUCACCGAGGGCUUAAAUUUGAAGGCGCCUUUAAAUAUAAAAUGGGUCAAAUAGAAAUUGACGAUCAGGUGGAAGGACUCCAAUAUCUAGCUUCUCAAUAUGAUUUCAUUGACUUAGAUCGUGUGGGCAUCCAUGGCUGGUCCUAUGGAGGAUACCUCUCCCUGAUGGCAUUAAUGCAGAGGUCGGAUAUCUUUAGGGUUGCUAUUGCUGGGGCCCCAGUCACUCUGUGGAUCUUCUAUGAUACAGGCUACACGGAACGUUACAUGGGCCACCCUGACCAGAAUGAACAGGGCUAUUACUUAGGAUCUGUGGCCAUGCAAGCAGAAAAGUUUCCCUCUGAACCAAAUCGUUUACUACUUUUACAUGGGUUCUUGGAUGAGAAUGUCCAUUUUGCACACACCAGUAUAUUACUGAGUUUUUUAGUGAGGGCUGGAAAGCCCUAUGAUUUACAGAUCUAUCCUCAGGAGAGACACAGCAUAAGAGUCCCUGAAUCUGGAGAACAUUACGAACUGCAUCUUUUGCACUACCUUCAAGAAAACCUUGGAUCGCGUAUUGCUGCUCUGAAAGUGAUAUAAUUUUGACCUGUGUAGAACUCUGGUAUACACUGGCUGUUUAACCAAACGAGGAGGUUUAAUCAGUAGAAAACACGGAAUUGAUCAACACAUUUUGGUACCUGCCAUGUAACAUCAACUCCAGAAAGUAUAAUCGGUGCCGUGCAGGCGUCUACAGCUUGUGGAUAGUAAUCUAAUACCUUAACCAUACACACCCAAAAUUGAAUGACACCUAUUUCUAAAGGACCCAGCAAUACCAUGAGAAUCACUGAAGGAAAUAAGACAUUAGCACCAUAUAUCCAUACUACCUUAUUUUCACUUCUAAUAGCAUUAUAAACCUCAUGGACUUAAUUAGUGUAUUUUUACAGUAUACUUCUGAGUUUGUUAAAAUAUGAUGAUAUUAGUGAUUGGUUUGGUUCAAUUCCAGAAUCUCUGACUAGUUACAGAUUUGAUAGCACUUAAAUGUAAUUGAAUAGCUUAUGCUUCAUUGCUUGGGGUGUAUCCAGCAUGUUAUGAACUAAUCACUAUUAAACCUAUGACUUUUAACCAGUCAUUAAUGAUUUUUCAAGGAUAACUUAGUGGCCUCCUAAAGACACUUAUUUUGUUUCAUUCAAGCUCUGACCAAUUUUAGCCAAUUUCAACUGUAUCUAGUAUAAAUAGUUCUCUCUGAUGAUAUGACAGAGUGGGCUUUUCCUUUCAUACAACGGCAAGUAACUGUACAUGUAGCAUGGUUUAAUUAGUCUUACAAUAUUGAUAAUUACAGGCGGAAAAAUUUUAAAUGGUUAGAGCUUAAAUAUUUGCAGGCAAUUUCUUCUCCUUUAAGAAAAGGAAAAAGUACACCUUACUCUUCAGAAAAUUUAGUGGUGCCAGUUUCCAUUGGGUAUUUCCUUAUUGAAAGGUUUCAGAAUUUUAGGUGAUGGAAGGGAAUUGUGGUAGGGUUGGGGAUACUAGGGUGUGUAAAAUGACAGGGAGAGGAGAAGGGUCUGCUUAACAACUAAGUAGAAGUAUAAUUUGACCAAAAAUACUCAUGCAAAAGUUUUGGGGGGGUGAAAUUGAAACUCCUAGAAUGUUAGUUACAGAAACCAGAAUUAAGAAAUCACUCUCUUACCAGCGCAGUUACAGACCGAUGUUAUUCAGGGAGAAAAAGUUACUUAGUUACUUCUCUAAUUCUAAGUUUUUGUUAUUUUCCUCUUAAUUUUGGAAACUUUACAGAUUUAAACUUUCUCUAUCCUUUUUAAAUUAUUUGAGCAUAAUUUAGGUAUUGUGAGCUUAAAGAGGUUUCCAGACAACUUCUUUACCACAAACUGAUCCCCAGCCAGCCAUGGCUCUCUUUUUCAGUGUUCAAAGCCUCUAAGCAGCUUCUUGAAUGGCCAUGACAUUUCCUGGUUUAGCCCUAGCACUUGACUGUUAAGGGAGCUCAUAGGCUUUUCAGGUGCUGAUUGGAAUCUGUCAUCUUAGAGUCUUGGGGUGUUAGAUGGGUCACAUUGCCAGCGGCAAAGAAGAUACCUAUGAGUUUGACCCUUUUUAUCACAAGCCUCAGUGUUUGGAAAGUUGUUACCAGUACUUUUAAACAAUGCUCCAAAAAAGUUGCUGUUUUUCUUUCUCACCACUACAGAGUAGAUUUCUCCCAUAGAGAGCACAGCCUCCAUCAGGAAGGAUGAUGACUGUGCGUCAGAGGUGAAUUCAUCACUGAGGGCCAAGUGGGAGGUGGGGGAGGUCCAGAAAUGGCAAGGUGACCUGGUGGCUCUGUCCUUGGGAAGGGGAUUGGGUUUUGCUGUUUGUGUAUUUAUACUGUAUCAUAGGUACCACACUUUUCCUUAUUGUCUGUGUAUGUAUUGAUUUCUUUGUUUAUAUUUUCCCAUGCCAAGGUCUGUUUAUAUUUUUUUCAAUGUUAAAUUAAAUUGAUUUGGGUAAUUUUUCUUCCCAAGAAAGUAUUUUCCCCCUUGAUUUAAGUAUAUAUCUGACUAUCGAAGGUGGUUUUUGUUUGUGAACUGGUUGGCCCCCAGGGAUCUAUCCUUAUAUAAUAUGCAAAGUAGAAAUGGUAUACAGUGGCUUUUAGACAUCUACUCAUUUGAAACCUCUUGCCCGUUAAAGCUAUUUCUUCAAAACGGUGUCUCUCAUUUUACCAAAACAAACCUAAAAGAACCUCAUGUGCUCUUGAAUUCACCAGUGUUUUCCUUUUGCAUCUUCCUUCUCCUUUCCUCAUAUCACAAGGAAUGCCUCUGUUAUAACCCCCAGUUCAUUAAAUGCCAUUCUCCUUGUGUAAGGGGGAAAAAUACAGGGCUGAAUUCACUUGCAGAAAGACAGUUUGAGUUUUAUUUUAAAAACCGAUGAGGAAAACAUCCUAGUCCAUCCAAGCAAUCAGUCGAAAUCUCACUGAAACUAUUUGUACCCUGUCAAUGGGGAACAUUUUAAAAGGCAAGAGUAUAUAAAAGUAGCAACAGUUUUGGUUAAGAACCAAAAAGCAGUAGGUUAAGUAUCAAAUGGGGCGGCUUUUGCAGGCUUGAUAAGUAGGUACACUUGAGCAACCAUCGCUGGGAUGGUGGCUUACGUGUUGAGCGCGAGGACUCAAUCUAAGAAUCUUCUGGGAUGCUUAGAAAAAGAAAUGCAGUCUUGAACCUUACGCUUAGAACUUUAAAUUUGGUUGAUUUGGGUGGAGACCAGGAAUCUGCAUUUCUAACCGCCUUUCCUAGGUGAUUCAAAGUUGUUUGUGGGCUACUUUCACAGACUCUUCUGUAGAGAAUGGAAUUGGAUUAAGAGUAUAAUAGGUGAUUUUUACACUGGACUGAUUUACAAAAACCUAAAGCAAUAGUCAAGGACAGCCGCUCAUCUGUGAUCAUGCCUGGGCCCUUCUCACUCUGAAAGCAGCAGAAAGGUAUCGCUAACUAUGUCUCCUCUUUGUCUGGAGAUUUCGUUUUGGAAUGAAGGUUCUUCCCUCAAUGCCGUUCCUGGCUCAUUUCCAAAGCCUCAUACUAGAGGAUGGAGUCACAAGGCAUGCAUUACUUUGUAAAGGAAUGAGAUACAGAUAUUGAUGCUUCCUUUUUUUACUACUUAUUUUAUUCCUUACAGAAGGUGUAGCCCACCUGUCUGUAACAUAAUUCUCUCUUUAGGUGGAAUGGUUCCUAUAAGAUCUCCCAUUUAUUAUAGAAGCCUAAAUUUUUAAGCUGUUGCAUCUUUGAUAUAAUGUAAUGUUCUCAUCUGUUGGAGGAGGAACCGACAUAGAGAAGAGAAAAUAUACCCAUUGCCACGCGGCCGGUGACUGCUCAGCUGGUACUAGACUCCAUCCGGAUGCCCUGACUCACGGUAGUUAAAUGAUAGAUAGAAAAGGCAAAUUUUUAAAGAAGUAUUUAUUAAUAUAUUCCUAUGAAACAUUUUAAAGAUAACAUAAAAUGGUUAAUUUUUCCAUUCUGAAGUAAAUGCUAAGCAUGCUUAUUACUGAAGCAGUACUUCUAAUUAGUAUAUGACAUUCUGAAGUUAAUUAAAACUGUUAGACUAAAUGUGUCUUCCUAGUAGUGAGGGAUUUGGGAAUUGGGGUGUAGAAUAGAGUGCUUGCUUAAGCCUGAGAGCCUAACUUAGAGCUAGUUGAAGUAAGAAAAGAGACAUGGCCAUAUCUAACUGAGAUUUUGAGGUGAGUGUCCGCUUCCAGCAGACAUGAAGGAAUAAAGAAACUUCCCUGACUCCCACUUUCCCAACUCUCCCCAGCCUCACCUAUCCGUCUUGCAGCCUAAAAUAUGGAAACGUUAGUGCAAGGUGCCGGUUCCUGCUUCUCUUAUUUCGUCAAGAGACAGUUCUAGGUAAUCAUUUCAGAAGUCCCUCACAGAGAGAAAAAGGAAUAUUUGUAUGUUUGUUUCUGGAUAACCCAAAUACAAAUUUAUGUUGUAUUCAGCACAAUUGGAGUUCAGGUCUUUAAUUUUAGAAUAUAAAGUGCCUGCUGUUUUAAGCAUUGACUUGUAUAAAAAGAAUUGCAUGUCUCACUCCAGUAAGUUUAUGGGUUUUCUCAUUUUCAGCUACAUGGCUUUUAAUCAUGUAAAGUGAAACAUUAGUUUUGUUGCAUUUUAUUACAGGUUCUUUGUUGCAAUAAAGAUGCUGCUAAAUUA